AUGUCUAUGUCUACCUACGUUAUCCCUUUAAAGUCUACGUAUAGGGUCGAGGAUUAUGCGAGAGUCUACAUUGAUAAGAUUUUCAGGUGGAAUGGGAUUCCAUUUUCUAUCAUUUCAGAUAGAGGAGCUCAGUUCACUUCGCAUAUUUUAAGAUCCUUCAGGAAGAGCUUAGGCACGCAGGUAAAGCUCAGUGCUGCUUUCCAUCCUCAGAAAGAUGGGAAGACAGAGCGCACCAUUAAGACAUUGGAGGACAUGUUGAGGGCUUGUGUGUUUGUCUUCAGAGGUAGUUGGGAUGACUAUCUGCCGAAGGGGAAGUUUAGUCCGAGGUACGUUGGGCCAUACGAGAUUAUACAGCGUGUGGGUGAGGUUGCCUAUGAAUUGGCAUUUCUUGUGGCACCAGAUUCUGUUCAUCUAGUCUUUCAUGUCGCUAUGUUAAAAAAGUUCCUUGGUGAUCCAACAUCGAUUGUGACUGUUGAAGGUUCGGGGGUUCAUGAAGACUUGUCCUAUGAGAAGGUUCCUAUUGAAAUAUUAGACCGGCAGGUGAAGCGGCUGAGAAACAAGGAGGUUCUCACAGUGAAGUUAUUGUGA